GGCGGCGGCAUGCGGCUGCCCGCACUGCCGGUGGCGGGCUGACUCGGCCGCAGCGCGGGCCGAGGGCGCAGCCAGCCGUGCAGACCGCGGCCGGCGGCCGGGGCGCCGCGCCAUGGGCCGAGCGGGGGCCGGGGACUCAGGCCGCGGGCCGCCGCCGGCGCUGCUGCUUCUGGGGGCCGCGCUGGUGCUCGCCGCGGGAGCUGCGCCGGCGCCCGGGGCGGGCGAGGCCGUGAGGAGCGUCGCGGCGCGGGAGCCGCGGGCCAACAGCACUCGGACGGAGGCCGGCCGGGCCGCGGGGGAGGCCGAGGCCUCGAGGGCCUCGCAGGGCGGCGAGCAGCGCGCGGUGGUGGGUCCCGCGGCGCGGCCGGACGCCGACGGCCCGGGCACGGGCGCAGGAGCCGCGGAGGCGGGCAGCGGCGACCCCCAGGCCCUCGCGGCCACGCGCCCGGCGCCCGUCGAGGCCCCUGGGCCGUCCGCGGUGCCGCCCGCCGCCUCGGCGCCCCCGGAGCCCCGCCCCGCGCCCGAGGUCCUGGCCCUCGACUACCUCGAAGGACUGGAUGGCGGGGGCCUCCCGGGGCCGCCGGAGGCCGCGGAGCCCCUCCCCGACGCGGGGGCCGAGGCGCCGUCGUGGAGCCUGCUGGACCUGUACGACGACUUCACCCCCUUCGACGAGUCCGACUUCUACCCCACCACGUCCUUCUACGACGACCUGGAGGAGGAGGGCGGCGACGCGGGCCGGCACGUGGCGGGGGGCGGGGGCCCCGACGGGCACGGCGACCCUGGGGAGCCCGCCGGCCGGUGGCGCCCCGUCCCUCCGCAGCGCCCCGCAGAGCCAGCCGCCGGCGAGAACGGCACCGAGUGCCGCAGCGGCUUCGUGCGCCACAACGGCUCCUGCCGCUCGCUGUGCGACCUCUUCCCGAGCUACUGCCACAACGGCGGCCAGUGCUACCUGGUGGAGCACGUCGGGGCCUUCUGCAGGUGCAACACCCAGGACUACAUCUGGCACAAGGGGAUGCGCUGCGAGUCCAUCAUCACCGACUUCCAGGUGAUGUGCGUGGCCGUGGGCUCAGCCGCCCUCGUACUGCUGCUGCUUUUCAUGAUGACCGUGUUCUUCGCCAAGAAGCUCUAUCUGCUCAGGACGGAGAAUACCAAGCUGCGCAGGGCCAACAAAUUCCGGACCCCGUCGGAGCCCCACAACGAUGACUUCUCCCUCUCCACCAUUGCCGAGGGCUCUCACCCAAACGACGAUCCUAGUGCUCUCCACAAAGUCCAGGAAACUCUCAAGUCCUGCCUGAAAGAGGAAGAGUCUUAUAACAUCCAGAACUCCGUGCCACCCAAGCUCGAGGGUGGCAAAGGCGACCAGGCUGACUUGGAGGUGAACUGUCUUCAGAAUGACUUCACCUGAAGCAGAGCAAGAGGAGAGGACAUGGGGGUGGGGGGCGGGGAAGGAACGUGGUCUCCCCUGUACAGAGUCCUUCUUCUGACGUCAUGGCAUGCUCUGAUGUGUUUUGUACUGGAGGGUAAAACAGAAUAAGCAAAGGGCCCGAGCAGAACUGCAUCCGUCGGAUUGCUUCGUCUGUGCAUCUGUGCACUGCUUCUGCUGCUGUGAUUUCUAAACCUAUGCUGUUACUCAACUGACCUUUUUUUUUUGUAUUUGACCCACCUUUUUUUGAAAUACCAGUAAACAAAGUUCUUGAAAUAAAACUUUUUAAAAAGCUC